AAUUUAACUGUCUCCCUCCAUGCCUCAGGCGGGUGGGUGCCUGUCUCGUUAGUGAAUCCCAAAGCCACAAAACAAAGAAAAAAAAGUCAAAAUUCUCCUUAGCCUUUGAUUUGAAAGGUUAAGAGGGGCGAGCGAGCCUGAAAAUGUAAUGGCAACGUGGGGUUCUUCAAUGGUGGACAGUCUGAGAAUAAGCACAAUAAUAUUGGGUUUAUCAAACCUAGCGGUGGUGAUUGUUGGUGGGGUGCUUUUGUUUCCUGUAUUUCCUGGUUGUGACGUUGACAGAAUAACUAUUUCUGUUGUUAUGGUGUCUUUGGCUGCUGCUUUCAAAAUUUUUGCUAUGUUUAACUCUGGGAUUGCCCAAAAGGCUACUGCCAUUACCAUUCUUGAUUCUCCUCCUGAUACUUCUGUUGUUAAGUCCAUUAAUCUUCUUCGAAGACGGGUGGUUCUUAGUUGGACAAACACCACUGCUUAUAAUGGAUGAGAAGACUGUACAAGUUUUUUAUUCUUGAUGUGCAUGUUGAGUGUUUUAAGAGUGCAGAGGUACAAAACAUGGCUUUGGUAGAGUCGGUUUGCGUUGGCAAUGACUCUACUGCAAACUGCGACUGCAAUUUACCUUGUGUUUAGUGUGGCUGAAUUUAUGUCUCAUGAUGGAACAUCAAGUAAAUGUCUCACAGGGACAGCUUCAAAUGUCCUAAGAUGGAGGUCUUUUUAUGAAACCCAAGAUGAUGCAUGGAAGGCACACUAUCAGGAGGUGUUUGACCAUGGAAUUCGUGAGGCUUUGUGCUGCCUGGGGCGUGUCAAAUACAUGGGGGCGCCUAAGGAAGAUGAAGUUUACUCAGUAGCACGAUUGUUGGGUGAUCUUGUUGCCUAUCGUGCAUCAGGCACUGGGCAUUUGGAACUUCUAGCAGGUCUAGCUUUGUUGCAAAGGCAUAGUGAAUCACCUAAAUCUCAUGAUGAAAUGGUAGCAGAGAAAAGAUUCGGGAGGCUUUUUCUUUCCAUCAAUUUGCUGAAGCUGCAUAUACUGUACUUGUAAAGCUGCUAUAUUUUUCAGGGCCCGUUGCUUGAUUUUGGAAGACAUACUAUAUUUUUUCCUUGUGCAUGGCUCUACAGGCAAGGGAUUUUGACUCCAUGGACUCGUAACAGAUGGCCCUCACUCUCUGGAGAUAACUGGUGGCGGGGUCAUGCAGCAGCUUUUUUAAAAUAUGUUAAUUUACCCUCUGAAGCUCUUCGACAUGGUCGUGUUUGUCAGGAAAAAUGUGAAGCUGCAUACUUUGUUGUGGUUCUACAUCAUCUAAGAUCUGUAGUGAUCUCUGUCCGAGGAACUGAGACCCCUGAAGACCUCAUAACAGAUGGUUUGGGCAGGGAAUGCCUCCUUUCUAGAGACGACUUAGAUGGAUUGAUAAAUAGCAGCCAUAUUCAACCUGAUGUGAAGCGAAGAGUGGAAUCAUCUUUCCCACACUAUGGGCACUCUGGCAUAGUUGAGGCUGCACGUGAUCUUUAUAUUCAAAUUGAAGGAGAUCUUGCAGAUAAUGAAUCAGAAAACAGCUCUGGCUUGCUUUCCUCAUUGCUGGGAGCUGGAUGUGAAUGCGAUGGAUAUAGUUUGCGCAUAGUUGGCCAUUCCCUAGGAGGUGCGAUUGCUGCUUUGCUAGGACUGAGGCUAUAUAAACUGUACCCAACGUUACAUGUCUAUGCAUAUGGACCCCUUACAUGUGUGGAUUUGGUCAUAGCAGAAGCAUGUUCAGAAUUUGUUACAAGCAUUGUACACAACAAUGAAUUUUCUACACGGCUUUCAGUUGGAUCACUCCUACGGCUCCGCGCUGCUGCAAUUGUGGCACUUGCACAAGAUUCCAAAGCUGAUAAAGCCUUGAUUUGUAGGCUUGCUCGUCAAUUCCUCUUUGUGAGCAUGAAUCAAAGAGGGAGGAUUGAGGUAGUUGAUCCAUCAGAGCUACAUUCUGCAGCCACCACAGUAGAAGAACUGGAUCACAAAGACUAUGUGGGAAGCAAAAAGGCGGAUCAUAGUUAUUCUCUCUGGAAUGAAUUAGACAGGACCAAUAGUGGCGGUGAUACAGAUGACGACAAUUUUGAAAAUCCAUUUUAUGACAAGACUGCUGUCAUGAAUUCAUUAGAUGAUCCUGUAUCACAAUUUUUGGAAACUGUCCCCAGGGCUGAAAAUGAGUCAGCUGGUGAUGAUGUAGAGAUGUUUCUACCAGGCCUUGUGAUUCAUAUGGUACCACAACAAAGGCAUGUCAGUAUGCCCUUCUGGAAAGGCUGGAGCGUUCAAGAGAGUGUACGGAAUUAUAAUGCUUAUUUAGCAACAGAGAAAUCUUUAAAGAUAUUGUUGUUUCACCAAAUAUGUUCUUAGAUCAUCUGCCUUGGAGAUGUCACAACGCCAUGAGAAAGGUGUUGGAAUCUCAAAAUGACAAAGGCCUGCUUGACGUAUCUCAAAUCGUGUGAGUUACAUGCAUUCAUUUUUUCUUCUGCCAUUCUGGCUUGGAGCUGCAUGUCUGAUAUCUAGUGGAGUAAGACUAAAGGAAAGAAAGAUAUAACCAAGAUCUACAAGUGAGUCUGCAUGAAGCAGACCCCAGACUUGGAAAAGGAUAGGAGCAGUAGCAUGUUUAAAUUUUACAGCAGAGGUUGCUCAUCAUUCCAAUUUUCAUGAUCAAGCUGCAGUCAUUCAACAGAAAACUGUAAACGUAUAACAAUCUCCAACCAUUCUUUGCUAGCGGAGCAUCCCCACAGUUAAAUUGUACAGAAGAUGUUUGACAUUCGAACUUCCAAAACUCAAACUGUUGACAUUGUAGCCACUCUACAAAUGAUUUAAAACAAGAAAAUUGUAAAAGCUGUUAAAUAUAGAUGGACAAGUGCUAAGUGGUGUCUUGAAACUUUGAUGGCUUGUUCUGACAAUGAAAAACUAUCUCUCUCAUCAA